ACUAAGCAUAGGCAAACAUGACCACCGACGAGGAUUGUUUAGUAUGUUUACCUCUUCCAUUGCAUUCAUCUGACCCUUUAUUGGUUAUUGGGUUUGUGUGGAGUUCCUUGUUACUUUGUAGUUUGAGGGGUUUGUGUAAGAAUUCAAAGCUCGUGUCCUGAUCUGCACUUCGCUAGGAUAAGUCACUGCCAAGAGACGAAAGUGUGCUGCUAUCUGAUUAGAUGGAGAGGAUGGUUAGAUAGGUUACAGACUUUCCUCAGAAGACCGCUCCUGUUUUUUGACCAAGUCCCCCAUAAUUGAGAGGCUGAUACAAACUGUCCUGCGUACAGACGCCUACAACGAACACUAAUUCUCCCCUCCCCCCACUUCUCCUCUCUUCCCACAAAUAUUUCUCCUUUCUUGGCUUUGCGGCAAAUCCAAAUGGAGGCGGCUUUUGCGUGACCUCCUCCGUCGCCCCAUCGCAGCCGCCUCCCUCGAUCUCCUCCAGGUAAUCUUCCGCGAGAGAUUCAUCUAGUCCGCUGAUUGUUGUGGGGCCGGGCUUAGGGUUUCGAUUCGGCCGUCCGCUUGAUCGGUGGCUGGUUGGAUGGAGUUGGAUCUGAUCCUUCCAGCUCCGGCUUCCGCUCCCCUUUUUGGAGGUUUUCGGUGGAUUGUAUAGCGGUGGAUCGCGAAAGGUCUCGCUUUCUGUUGUUUUUGCUCAUUCGGUUCCUCGUUUCUGUUGGAUCAUUUGUCCUACUUUUCUUUUUGGUUUCUGUGUGUUCGUAGAUUCUUCUUUCUAUUUUUCUUUGCUGAGAGGGAGAAAUUGGUUUGAAGGUUGUGUGUUUUUUUGGGGUUUGGUGGUGGGAUUUAUGGAAUGGAACUGUGAGGAUUUUUCGUGGGAUGCUUCUAUUUGGUGUCGUGGGUCUCGAAUCUUGCCAGAUAGAUCGGAGUCGAAGAGGAGAGGAGACGUGAUCAAGGGAAGAAGAAGAGACGGAGAGGGGCGAGGGAGACCCCGCCAUGGGAGAGUCCCUCCUCACCGCUCUCUCCAUGGACCAUCACCACCACCCCUCAACCCUCCUGUCAAUGGACCCCAGCGGCAUUUCACAGCCGCCGCUGAUGGCAGCCUCCGUCCACGAUGACCACGACCACGAGCUUCCGAACCGCCAGCAUCAGCAAAUCCACCUCUCUGGUCCGCCGGACAUCAACCUCCCCCUCUCCGAUGACCACUCCCCUCCCAAGCAGUCGUGGAAUUCAUGUGACGUGUUGGAUGUCAGCCUUGAGACCCAGACGUACGACCCUGAAAUCAUGCUCGGCCUUCCCAAGGCUGGGACCGUUCAUGCUGCUGGUCGCAAGUGUGCCAAGAGAGGGAACAACAUCUGGGGUGCGUGGUUCUUCUUCAAUUUCUACUUCAAGCCCGUGCUCUCUGAGAAGUCCAAGGGCAAGAACAUCCGCAAUGCAAACGGCAUCCUGGGGUUUGACAAGUCGGACCUGCAUCAUGAUGUUUUCCUUGUUCAGCAUGACAUGGAGAAUAUGUAUAUGUGGGUGUUCAAGAAGCGGCCAGAGAAUGCGCUUGGAAAGAUGCAACUUCGGAGCUACAUGAAUGGGCACUCUCGGCUUGGGGUGCCUCAGUUCCCAUUCAGCAUUGAUAAGGGUUUCGUACGAUCCCAUCGGAUGCAACGCAAGCAUUACAGGGGGCUGUCUAACCCACUGUGCAUCCAUGGAAUAGAGGUUGUGUGGUCACCAAAUCUCUUGGUGGUUCCAGAGGUGGAUCUUAAGAAAUGGCUGGAACUUACUGGGAGAGACCUGAAUUUUUCGAUCCCACCAGAGGCUGGUGAUUUUGGGGCAUGGAGGAAUCUCCCGGGCACUGAUUUUGAGCUUGAGAGGCCACCUCCUCCAUUAAAGAGUACUUCUCAUCCCAAUUCAAGGAAAUUGCUAAAUGACACAGGUCUUAAGUUAUCAACGCAGCCAUCAAAUCAUGCGUGCGGAGAUUCGAUGGACCUUUCGCCUAAAUGUAGCAAACGCAGGAAGGAAAUUUCCCCUCUUGACACAGAUGAGGACUGCUGUUUGUCUAGUUACUCAUAUUUGGAUCGGCCGGAAAUUCACCCUGCUGUGCCUUCCUGGGUAAAUGAGUUCACCGGUGCUAUGAGGCAUGCGUGUGGACCGGUGACUGCUGCAAAGACAAUAUAUGAGGAUGAAGGGGGUUACUUGAUCAUGGUUAGCUUGCCUUUUUCUGACCAGCAGAAGGUAAAGGUCUCUUGGAAAAACAAUCUUACCCAUGGGGUAGUAAAGAUUUCAUGCGUCAGUACUGCUCGGAUGCCUUACAUAAAAAGACAUGAUAGAACCUUCAAGCUGACAGAUCCUUCUCCUGAGCAUUGCCCUCCAGGGGAGUUUGUAAGGGAAAUACCUCUUGCUACACGAAUUCCUGAAGAUGCAAAGCUGGAAGCAUACUACGAUGAGACGGGAACUCUUUUAGAAAUAAUGAUACCUAAAUAUCGUGUUGGACCUGAGGAACAUGAGGUUCAUGUGAGCAUGCACCCUCCUCAUCUUGGAUCCAACGAACUUCUGUCAUCUCGAACACCAUAGUAUAGUGUGUAGUGGUUGUUACGAUGGUCAGUUCUCAUUGUCUGCUAACCGUUUUAUCAUAGAGGGAGCGUAUGCGUUGGAAGUCCUUUUGCAACUGGGUUUUGCUGAUUGACUUGCUGCUCUGGCGUGUUUGAUGAGAAAAUAAACUGGGAUGGGACAAGAGCUUCGCACAUGGGGUAAUCGAAGAAAAGUGGCAAAUCCCUGCUGAUUUGUUGGCAUAUCACACUUAUCUCCAUGGAAUGUGCUUGAGUCGAAAAUUGUGCAGUCAUUGAUAUUUGGUAUUUUAAGGUGUUAGUAUUAUAUUGUUGAUUCACAGAGGAACUAUUUAUUGUAUAUUGACUAAUUCAGAAACAGUCAAUUGUUGCUUCACAGAGGAACUAUUUAUUGUAGAUUGACUAAUUCAGAAACAGUCAAUUGUUUUGGUAUUCAAAGGAUUUCUUUGAUCAAGGGAAAUUACUGGAUAUCACUUUAUUCUAUUUACUAAGGUACAUACUAUUUUCUUUUCAUUAAUACUCAGCUUGUUUAUCUAGACGUACGUUUGAUUAAUUCAGUUGCUGCAGCCUUUUACUUUA